AACACCAAGUUUUCAGAUGUUUUGGGGACUUGGAACAUCUCACUUUGUUUGACUUGUACAAAUAAAGUUGAAACUUUGACACCUGGACCUUCCUUGUCUGAGCAAUUUUUUUGAGCUUGAAGAUCAACAUUUUCCACAACAUAUUUUUGGCGCCCAACGUGGGGCUGGGCAGAGGCUGAAGGCAUCGGACGACACCCGGGGGCGAAUCAUCCGGCUGACUGCACAGAUCAGUACACUGCAUUACAGUUGCAUGGCUGAAGAGGGGCCAGGCCUUGAUUAUGAAAGAAGAGAGGCCUUUCAUACUAAGAUACUGACCCUAAGAAAAGUACUUUUUGAAACUAAGGGAAUUGGAAAUCAUUUUUGGGAAGAAGAUACAUACAUUGAUGCCCAGGGGAUAGAACAAAUUCUGUUAGAAGAAAGAAAAGACUGGUACCUGAGUCAACUGACAGAGAUUCGAAAUCUAGAAAUUGCCCAAUCGGAGUGGCCUUACAUAAAUUGGGAAGAGAUUGUUAAAAAUUGUUGUAAAGUAAAUGUAUUGAAUCACUACCUGAAUGAAGUCUGUGCUUACCAGCAUAACAGAUCUAAUUGUCCCUCAGGUCUGACUGCGAGAACUUUAUUGGUUCAAAGGAUCCCUAUUGGUAGGCUCACAGGGGCUUACUUUGAGAUAGGAGAGCUGCAGGGGUUUUCCUUAGGGCGAGGACAAACUGGGCGGCUUAUUGGUUUCCCCGAGGUGAGAGUCUAUGCAGAAACUCGAUAUGUAAAUUGGACAAGCAAGAUACUGUGUACUUGGAAUGAAAUUGGAGAAGUGGUUCCUCAACAGUUUAUGGCAGUAACUUUGAAAAAAUUGGUGAUGGAAAUAGCCCCAGAGAACCCUAGGUCUUGGUUUGCACCUUAAUGCUUAAAUAAACAAAUGAAAAACAUUUAAAAUCUCUGUAUUUUCACUUUAUAAUAAUACAUUUAAGAAUAAUACUGAUUUGUGCAUUGUUUUAAGUAUGUCAUCCACCCCUGUAGAUUUGUUGGGGUCCAGAUACCCGGUAUGCAAAAAUUCAAUAGAAAGAAUAUCUAAAAAAUGGGCCGCAAGAACCAAAAACUUGAGAACAAUAUGGCCAGAAAAUGGUACCUUUGAUGUAACAGUGUGUGAGGAAAUGGAGGGAUUAAUUAAAAAUUAUAAACCAAAAGACAGUAGCAAAAAACGAGAAGAAAAGAGAAAAUUAGAACAGGGAGUUCUCAACCUGUUCAGAAACGAAGGAGUUAAUUUCCUGAAAAAUAUGAGAAAAAUAAGAGAAGUGUUAAAAAAGGAUGAUGAGAAGAAUGAAGAAAACUUUGAGAAAAUGACUCAGCCACCUCCCUAUGAACCUCCCAGCCAAAAGUUAGAAAAGAUACAAACAUCAACCCAAAUGCCAAAGGUAGCAAUAUCAGGAGAUGUCAAAAUAGAAGGGCAGGUAGAAAUAGGUACAGAAUCACCUGAUAGAAGGGAAGCAGAAAAGAGAAAAGGUGACAGGGCAAGUCAACAAUCCCCAGUUUAUAGAGACCCAGAAGAUGAGGAAGGCAGAGGUGCAUGCAGUCCCGAUCCUUAUAGAGAACUGGCAGAGGCACUGAAAAACAUGACAAAGAGACGUGAGGAGACCUACGAAAGUAUGACAGAAGAUCUAAUGCAAAUACAUACAGAUUCUGCACAUGCUUUAAGUCAAGUUUCAGGCAACACCUCAGAAGAAGAAGAUGAGGAAGAAGACGAUGCCGUAAAAGCCAGUAGCCAAGAAAGGACACGCCAGCCAGCGAGCAACCAAAGAGUCCGUUCGAGAGCGGCCACAAGAAGUCUGCCAAAAGGGGAGCGAAAGCUGGUCACAGGCAGUCUCUAUCUCCAGGAUGCAGACCUCGAACCGUGGCCACUGCCCUGGACCCGAACUCCAGAAGGGAGACUGAGAAGAUCUGCAAGUACCACCCUCCUUCCUGAAGCCACAAUACCGAAGUCACGCGGCACCAAAGAAGGGAAGCAGUUCCCCAUACUGAUAAAAGGGGCUCAAGCACAAUACGUGCCAUGGGCAUCUCAAGACCUGGAUGGACUGGUUGCACGUCUACCAAACCUAGAUGAAGGGGCAGGCAAGUGGAUAAGAAUGCUGGAGGAGGAGACAACAGGGAAGCUAUUGGCAUUGGGGGAUAUCAAAGCACUCCUUGCCAAAUGCGUGGGAAGUUCCAAGCUGAAUGAACUUUUAAGAGCAGCACACAUCCGAGCGAUUGACAUCCCAGAUCUUGAUGGACACCCAUUCGACAGAUAUAGAAGGGAUAUAUGGCAGGGGUUACGAGACGAAUUUCCCAAUCGCAUCGAUCCCAGAGCACUCAAGGGAGAACAGAUGGGAGAAGAAGAGAACCCUGCCACAUACAUACAGAAACAACUGAGGAAGUGGAAGAAAGAACUUGAAAGAGAUCCUGAAGAAGACUUAUUGAUGACGACAUUGUUCAGGAAUGCUGUUGUUGAUGCAAUGCCUCUGCUAGUUAAGACCAAGCUGGAAGAUGUAGUGGGUCUGAACUCCAAGUCACAUAAAGAGUUCUGUGAUCAUGUGACCCAUGCAGUCAGACAGUAUAGAAGUAAUGAACUAAAGCUGAGGAACCAAGAAAAAGAACUUCAAAGAAAACUGGUACAGCUGCAGCUCGAAGAACUGGCAAGAAAGAAAAAGACGCAAGCCAUGGUCAAAGACAAAGAUGAAGAAAAAGAUCAUGCAGCAAUGAUGGCUCCAGUAAAUGUCCCAGUUCCUAUGACACAGCAACCGGAUUUGGCCCAAGACCUGGGCAGGGAGAGCAAGGAAGACAGAAUAGAGGAAGGAACUCAUGCUGGGGAUGUGGUCAACAGGGGCACAAUAGAAGAGACUGUCCUACCAACCCUUGGAAUACAAACCAGCAACAGAGUUCCCAAUGGCAAGCAGGCCAACCACAACGACCUCCAUGGCAAGGUCAGAGGCAGCAGCGACCCCCAGGGCAGGAAGGGCAACAGCAACCCCAAUGGCAAGAGCAGAAUCAACAGGGACCCCGCUGGCAGGACCAACAAAAUCAACCAGAACAAGGACAACAGCAACAGGGACCAGUCAACCCAUGGCGUGGUCCAGAUAUCGGAUACUAGGGCUGCCAAGAAGAUCCUACGGGGAGGGGUCAGCACCCACUGA